AACUGUAAGACUAACCAUGUUGCUAAGCAAACCAUACUGUGUUAUAUUUAGAUUGUUAAAUAAAUGGUGAAUUAUAAUUCUAUAUUUAAGAAAGCUGGAGAUGGCAGAGUCUUGUGAUAAUGAAAUUUUCCGUAAAGCUAUUGUUAAGAAUUAUGUGGCAGUCAAGAAGUAUUUACAUCCUGAUCCUAUUAUUGAUUGUGAAACAGGCUUUGAAUUACUCACUGUCGCAGACAGAAGGAAUAUCCAGGGUAAGGAUCCAACUGAUAAGAAUGAAACGAUAUUGAGAAAAGUAAUAUCCAAAGGUGCUAAUGGUUACACAGAUUUUAAGGAGCGUCUUAAAAAGACUUGGCAGACUGAAUUGUUAGAGCUGAUCAUUUGUGCAGAGAAUGGCCAGGACACAAAAGAGAUUGAGAGUCGGCUUAGGAAAACUGCACUGUUAUGUCCAGAGUAUAUCAAACAAAGAGGUGGUAAGUCAAUUAUGUUAUGCUUGCGUGAGCACUGUGUUCAGUGGUGAUGAUUUUUGACUGUAAGCAUGUCGAUUGUUCUUUCAUUGUCUGUUAACAUUGUGUUCAGUGGUGAAGAUUUAUGACUGCAAGCAUGUCGAUUGUUCCAUUAUUGUCUGUUAACAUUGUGUUCAGUGGUGAAGAUUUUUGACUGUAAGCAUGUCGAUUGUUCCAUCAUUGUCUGUUAUCAUUGUGUUCAGUGGUGAAGAUUUAUGACUGCAAGCAUGUCGAUUGUUCAUCAUUGUCUGUUAACAUUGUGUUCAGUGGUGAAGAUAUAUGACUGCAAGCAUGUCGAUUGUUCAUCAUUGUCUGUUAACAUUGUGUUCAGU